CGACCAAACUAGACAACGGUCUCCCACUUUUCUUUUCUUUUUUCCCUCACUCUCGGAACGGAUUCUUGUCUCGUUAUUUCCUUCUGAGAGAAAAAAAAAAUGUCUGAAAAUCCAUGGCAACCCCUUCUCCAAACCUUCGAGAAAAUAUCCAUUUCCUUGCAAACCCAUCUCUCGAAUUUCAUUGGAAUCAACAAAACUCGUCGUUCAUCGCCCGCAGUCCAUAGCCCUGUCAUCUCCAUCGAAUCUCCAUUACCAAACUCAUCUUCCACUUCGAAUUCUGCGCAGCUCCCGAUCAAGGAAAAAUCUACGGGUCCUGUGACCAAAGAAGAGCUUGGGAGAGCUACUUGGACGUUUCUGCACACUCUUGCCGCACAGUACCCAGAAAAACCGACGAGACAACAGAAGAAGGACGUGAAAGAGCUGAUGGCGAUAUUAUCUCGAAUGUAUCCUUGCAGGGAAUGUGCCGAUCAUUUCAAAGAAAUUCUCAGAGCAAAUCCUGUGCAAGCCGGAUCUCAGGAAGAGUUCUCGCAAUGGCUCUGCCAUGUCCACAACACUGUAAAUAGAAGUUUGGGGAAAUUGGUGUUCCCAUGCGAGAGAGUGGAUGCAAGAUGGGGCAAGCUGGAUUGCGAGCAACGUUCCUGUGAUCUCCAAGGAAGUUCAUUUCACAUUUAAAUAUACAUUUUCUUGAUUUCACAAUCCAUUUACUCUGCAUUUUUUUUUUUUGUUCUAAACAAUUUCAAAAUGACAUGCGAUGUAUUUCCCCAAAGAAUAUGGUGAUGCGUUAAACCAAAAUGGCCAUAGCAAGCAAAUAUAAGACUCACUUCAGUUACAAAAAAAAAAAAAAAUUGAAACGAAAUGUAAUUCGGCGUAUCCAUAUCCGCCCUGCUUAUGACCGACCCAAUUUUCUCUAGUAUCCAAACCGGGGGUUUGGUAUAAUCUUCACUUGUCCCAAAUUAAAUGGUAAGAACCGGUUCCGGUUAACCUAACCAAG